AUGGCUCGAAGAAGAAAGUUAAAUAUUCGACAUCGAGCAAGUGAUAAUGAAGGAAUUCAGUCUACUUCAAAUAAUACAAACUCAACCAAUGUAGAAGGAAGUAAUGUUGCAGAAACUCGUUCUAGUCCUUGUCAUGCAGAAGGUGUCAUACGUGAGUCUGUAGAAUCUCACUCAAUUCCCUCUGAUAUAGAAGUUGAAGAAGAACAAAUUGAAAAAGAAGUAGAGCCUAAACGGGCUAGAGGUCCUACAAAAAUGUUAGAUGUAUGGGAAAUGGAAGAUGGUGAUUUAAUAAUCGUUAAUUUGGACAAAUAUGGUCGACCCAUUGGUGAGGAAGGGACAACUCUAACUCGUUUCAUUGGUAGCGUAGCUAGAAGGUAUCAAUAUGCUCCUAUCAACUACAAGUCAUGGAAAGUUAUGCCAAAUGAUUACAAAGAAGAAAUGUUGAAAUUAAUAGAGAGUAAAUUUGAGUUUGUUCCUCCAAUAAAUGACUUAGCAAGAGAAAUGUUAAAAUCUGAGCUGAAUGAGAAAUGGAGGCAAUGGAAGGGUGAUCUAAAGUCAAUGGCAUAUGACCCUACUAAAACAGAAGAAGAAGUUGCAUCUCUUGUACCAGAUGAUAGGGUUGACCCAAAUCAAUAUCGUGGUUUGGUUCAUCAUUGGUUUUCUGAUGAAGGACAAAAAAUAAGUAAAAUUAAUAGGCAAAAUCGUGUUAAGUUUGAAGAUGUUCAUUGUAUGGGUUCAAAAAGUCUCCCAAAGUUUAUUGAUGAGAAGGGCAAAGGAGUGUUGCCUGGACGUAAAGAGAUUUACAUUGAUACCCACACUCGUAAAGAUGGAACAAUUGUCAAUGAAAAGGCUGCAAGAUUGAUUUACUACAUGCUUUGA